UCUUCCUCUUUCUGAUCCUCCAUCAAGCUCCGAAUCAGAUGGAAUGCUUCAUCUUGAGUUAAGAGGACUGGAAUGGUCAACCGGUUUGGACCGUUUGGUUAUCAAACAUUUCUUUGAUGUUUACCAUUUGGAACCAUAUGAGCUUCUAGAUCAAUUUUGGAGGAGAUGGCAGCAGAUGAAUCAAUGGUGGAAGAAAACAGCAACUUACCGGGGUUUAUGGCCGCUCUAUCAUCUGCAGCAUGUGAAUGGAUUUUGAUAUUUCUGCUGCUUAUUGAUGGUGUGCUAUCAUAUCUGCUGACAAAGUUUGCACAUUAUUGCAAAUUGCAGACUCCUUGCAUUUUGUGCUCUAGGAUUGAUCAUGUCAUAGGCAGCAAAAAGCCUGGCAUUUAUCGCGAUUUGCUUUGUAGCGACCACAUAUCAGAGAUAUCUUCUUUGAUUUGUUGUCAUGUUCACGGUAAGCUUGCUGAUGGCCAUGGAAUGUGUGAUGAUUGCAUCUUUUCAUUCACCAGGAAGAAUUUAUCAUAUUCAGAAAUGCAAAGGACUUUGGGGGGUAAGUUGGGAAUGGCUAUUGAUGGUUCUGGUUUAGAAAGUUUCUUGCUAAACAGAGAUUUUGUUCCUGGUUCUCGGGGUACGGUGCCAUGUUCUUGUUGCGGCAAGCCUUGGAGGCCAAGAAAAGAGGCACAAAGGAUUGCCCAACCAAAAUUAUGUGGAAGUGCGGUUCCUAAACCUAAUAUCCCUUUGCCCCGUUUGCCAAGCCAUAGUCGCUUACGUCGUCGGAAUAGCUUCAAGAAGAUGAAGAAUGAAUCUUAUGGCUCAAUAAUUUCUCACUGUGUUGGAAAAAGUGGCUUUGAUCCCUUGUCUUAUGUAGGGUACACUGAGUUGAAGAUCAAUUCUGACUCUGAAUCUGAAGUUCCAUUUUCAGAUGAGGAUGGGGAAAUUAGAAAUGCUAUUCGUGAAAAUAGCAACUCUAAGAAUGAUUUUGCAGUUCAGUGUCCUUCAGAAAAUCCUUCUAAAGCACCAUCCGGUGGUUUUAUUUUAGCAAAAGCAACUAAUUGCCCGCAUGAGUCAAUGUCUUUGCUUUCAGAUCUCUGUGUGCAGCCUGAUGUUAGUAAAGAUCAUCAUGUGAAGCCAUUAGCUUUUCGUGGUGCUACUGCAGAUUUUGUGGGUGAACUUGGAUGGCAGGAAGUCCAUCAGAAGCCUGAUCUCUAUAAACUGCCUGAGCUAAUUUUAUUAGAUGAAAUUCCUGAAUCAUCAAACGUUCUUGGAAUUUCACGUGACGAGUCCAUUGAGAACAAUCUCAAAUUUCCUCUCCCACAGGAUGUCAAUUCUUUAGGACAGUCUGAGUUUCUUACUUUAGAUGACAAUCUCUCAUUAGUCGGAGCAUCAUUAGUGAAGUAUGUCUCUGGAACAAGUGACCUUGGACGAGAAUACAUUGACAACCACAUGGAGGUCCUGAAGUCACUAAGUACACUAUCUGCAACAUCAGUCAAAGCUGAUCAGGUUGAUAAUUAUCCUGCUGCUGUAAAUCCAAGACAAAUUGAUGCUAAUGAUUUGUAUGGACUAGCUGGCAAUUAUAUGGUAGGAAAAUCAUCUGGUUUUGUAUCUGAACUACCAAUCACAAGAAAACCUGAUAGACUUGACGAGGAACCGAGACUGUUAUCAUCUUUAUCUAAAGAAACUCUAGAUCAAGCGUCUGGAGAAAACAGGCAUGAAGAUGAAGUACAGGUGACAUCCAGCUGCAAUGAAAUUCAGAUGCUUCGAAAGUCGGCUUCGGUGGAAUCCAGUCUUGAAUCUCUGGAUGUACAAAUUGUCAGUGACGUUGAGGGUGAAAGUAUUGUUGAUCGGUUGAAAAGACAAGUUGAGUAUGACAAAAAAUGCAUCAAAACUUUGUAUAAAGAGUUAGAAGAAGAGAGGAAUGCUUCUGCAGUUGCUACGAAUGAGGCGAUGGCAAUGAUUACAAGAUUGCAAGAAGAAAAAGCAGCACUCCAUAUGGAGGCCCUUCAGUACUUGAGAAUGAUGGAAGAGCAAGCGGAGUAUGAUGUAGAUGCCCUUGAAAAGGCUAACGAUCUACUUGCUGAAAAGGAAAAGGAAAUGCAAGAUAUGGAAGCAGAGCUAGAACUUUACAAGUUGAAUUUACCAGAUGAAACAAUAAUGGGAGAUUUGUGUGAAGGGACUUUUGAAUUGAAUAUUAAGAGUACGAAAGUGGAGACUGGUGAUGUACCCUGCCAAGAAGAGACAAAUCACCCUUUAAAGCCAACGGUAGAUGAGGUGUCCAGAAAUUGCAGGGACUCUUUUGCUUCUGAAAUUCCACAUUUAGGAUUUGAUGAUGAAAAGUCGUACAUUUCACAAUGUUUGCGGAACUUGGAGAUGAAACUGCACCAAAUUUCUUGUAACAGGGCUUUCUCCAACGUACCUAAUGGUGGCCAUUCUAAAAUAUUUGCAGAUGAUAGACUCAAGGGAGAAGAUUCGCCUAAAAAUGAGGAUAUUCCAAUGAAUAGUCAAGUUGAAGGGUAUGAUUCAUCCAUGAAAGGAAAUUUACAUUUCUGUAAUGGAAGCACUUCUGCUCUAGAAGAUGCGACUGCUUCGGAUGGUGAUGAUUCUUCAUUAAGCAAAGCAACUAAACAUUGUGAUUGCGGCGGCCAAAAUGAUUCUCCCGGCCAAAGACAAGUUAGUUUGGUUGCUCUAGAAAACGAAAUCUUAGACCUCAAUGACAGGUUGGAAGCAUUGGAAGCUGAUCAUGAUUUUCUUGAGCAUAUGCUUCACUCUCUGCAAAAUGGAAAUGAGGGACUGCAAUUUAUACAAGAAAUAGCUCAUCAACUCCAGGAGUUGGGGAAACUUGGUAUAAGAUUUAGAAGUCAAGCUACUCCUUAAGUUUGAAUCAACUACUACAUGAUGUACACCAAGACAAGAGGCAGAAACCGGAAUACGGGUCAAGUUCAUCAUCUCUCGGCUGGCUCACAAACUUUGACAAAUCAAAAGAAGGUUUUCAUGAACAGAACAGGUACCCUUUAAAGUUCUCAGAAAGCGGAAAAAAAAAAAAAAUAUAUAUAUAUAUAUCUCUGAACUGUGUAUGUGAUUUUUCGAGUUAGAACAGCUGGUGGAUGGGAGUCAAGUUCUUUUUUUUUUUUUCCCCCUUUUUUCUUUGGGCUGAGGUUGUAAAGUGGAUAUAUUUGUAGUUUUGGCUAAACCGCUUCCUCUGUAAAUUUGAAAAGAUCUUGAUUUUGAUGUUUGUAACAAAUAUAGACAGGUAACUCAAGAUUUUUUUUUUUUGGUUUCCC